AUGCUCGUUGAUCGGGGUGCUUCUUUUAAUGCCCUUAUGUAUGAAGACCAUCAAUAUUUGAGGAAUAUGUUUCCUUUUAUGAGGGAAACUCCUUUACACACGGCUGUGGCUCUUAAGAGAGGUGAUGUUAUUCGGUAUCUGAUUCACAAAGGUGCGAGUGUGGAUAUCGAGGAUUGUAGGGGUCAAACAGUCAUGCAGUCUGCAGAUGAGGAUACCAGAAGGGUGAUUAUACAAGAGAUUCAGAACUACGGAGUACUUGAGUGGAAUCAGCCCAUUCCCGUACCCCGUAGUCCCAUAAAUCCAGACCCAUCCGAACCCAUACAUAAGAAAUAUCCGUAUAAUGAUUGUCGUGGGGUGCACCCCCUACUACCGGUCUCACUUUCUCUCACUUCUCUCUCUGUAAACCCUCCCCUGCCUCAGUUUCAAUUGAUAGUAACGUUGUCCUGGCCAGUUGAUUGGCAUGUUGGUCGACUCUGGCUGAGUUUCUCGUUCCACAGCAUCAUUUAUCGUCAUUGGCUAAUACCCAUCGUCUUCCACACCUAG